GGCGCGUCACAGGAGCCGGGCCGGGGUCCGGGCGCCCGGCGGCGGCGGCGGCGGCUGGGGCGGGUAUGUUGGCGAACCAGAGAACUCUACUGAACAGUGCUGCUGAGGAGACUGUCUUCUCCCGGUCACCAUGUCCCCUGAGAUCGUUGCAGGGGAUCCUAGCGGCGCCCUGACAGACCCAGCUGAGCCUGGAGCGUGUUACACACUGGCCUGAAUCCCCAAGAAAGCUGCUAUGGCAGAGCGGGACCGAGAGGCCCCCGAGCGAUGCUGCUCCUACCACGCAGUGCAGAGGAGGCUCCCUGUCCUCAGGUGGCUGCCCCAGUAUUCUCUGCAGUGGCUGCAGCUCGAUCUUGUCGCUGGCGUGACCGUGGGCCUGACUGUCGUGCCGCAAGCGCUGGCCUAUGCCGAGGUGGCCGGCCUGCCAGUUCAGUACGGUCUCUAUUCCUCCUUCAUGGGCUGCUUUGUCUACUGCCUUCUGGGGACCUCAAAAGAUGUGACGCUGGGUCCAACGGCCAUUAUGUCGCUGCUGGUCUCUUCCUAUGCGUUCCAUGACCCUGCCUAUGCCAUCCUGCUGACCUUCCUGUCAGGCUGUAUCCAGCUAGCCAUGGGUCUCCUGCACCUCGGUUUCCUACUGGACUUUGUUUCCUGCCCCGUCAUUAAAGGGUUUACCUCGGCCGCUUCAGUCACCAUUAGCUUCAACCAGGUCAAGAACAUCCUGGGGCUGCACAACAUUCCACGACAGUUCUUCCUGCAGGUGUAUCACACCUUCCAAAGAAUCGGGGAGACCAGGGCUGGGGAUGCUCUCUUGGGGCUCGUCUGCCUGGCAGUGCUUGUGGGGCUCAGGGCGAUGAAAGGCCACAUCCGCAGGAUCCAUCGGGUGGAGCUGUUGUCCAUCAGGAUCAGUCGUCUUAUCAUCUGGGCCACAGCAACAGCUCGCAAUGCACUUGUGGUCCUGUUUGCUGGCCUGGUCGCCUACUCCUUCCAGGGGAUGGGCUCCCAGCCAUUCACCCUCACUGGGGCGACGCCCCAGGGGCUCCCUCCCUUCCAGCUGCCGCCUUUCUCCAAGGCCGAAGCCAACAGCACUGUGCCCUUCAGCGAGAUGGUGCAGGACCUGGGAGCUGGACUGGCUGUGGUGCCGCUCAUGGGCCUGAUGGAGACCGUCGCUAUUGCCAAGGCCUUCGCUUCGCGGAACAAUUACAGAAUCGACCCCAAUCAGGAGCUGUUGGCAAUGGGCCUCACCAACCUCCUGGGCUCCUUCGUCUCCUCCUACCCCGUCACCGGCAGCUUUGGGCGGACAGCGGUGAAUGCACAGACGGGCGUGUGCACCCCAGCAGGGGGGCUGAUAACAGGGAUCCUGGUCCUGCUCUCUCUGGCCUACCUGACCUCGCUCUUCUAUUACAUUCCCAAAGCGGCUCUGGCUGCUGUCAUCAUUUGCGCCGUGGCUCCUAUGUUUGACGCCAGGAUCUUCAGAACACUGUGGCGGGUUAAACGUACGGGCACCACGAGCAACCUGCUUUGCACACCUGCCUGGGGCUCCGUCUCUUCCCCGCAGAGGGCGAAUUCCUGCUCUUUGCAAGGGCUGGACCUUGUGCCGCUGUGUGUGACGUUCCUGCUCUGCUUCUGGGAGGUUCAGUAUGGCAUCAUGGCCGGCAUGCUGGUCUCCGGCAUUCUCCUGCUCUACACCAUUGCCAGGCCCCGGAUCAAGCUAUCAGAGCAGGGGGUGCUCCUCAUGCAGCCUGCGAGUGGUCUGCAUUUCCCUGCUGUUGAGUCCCUCCGAGAUGCCAUGCACAGAUGGGCUCUGGCAGUGUCUCCGCCACGCUGUGUCAUCCUGGACUGCACCCACGUCAGCAGCAUGGAUUAUACCGUGGUGAUGGGAUUGGCAGACCUGCUGCAGGAGUUCCAGAAAAGGGGCCUCACCCUGACCUUCUUUGGCUUGCAGGGCCACGUUCUCCAGGUCUUGCUGUCUGCAGAUCUGGAGGGAUUCCAACAUUUCCCCAGCCUGGAGGAGGCGGAGAAGGGCCAUGGAGCAGAACUGGAUGGCAGGAGCCGAGUCCUGCUUCACAGCGCCAGCGAGAACAUGCUGCCAGCGUCAGGGCUCAUCCAGUGAGGAUUGGCAACCUCUGCCCUUUUGCCCUCCUUGCCUCAGACUUGCACCUCCUGGAUGCUCUGGAGAAUGGACAAGUGCCACCCCGUCUCCCCUGCCCUGUGUAGUUCCUAGUGCACUUUAAGGCAAUACAGCUGUGGAGAGGGGGACGCUCUCACUGGCGAUGCUAUCUGGUGAGGGGAUGAAAAGCCCUCUGGGCUUGUUUCUCCAUUGCUGUGUCCCAGGGAGCACUGAGCCAUCUGACAUAGUAGGAGCCAGUUGCUAGCUGGUGGUGGGAAGCUUAGUGUUUCCUGGGGAUAGCACUGCCCCCCCAGGGGAAGGGGACAUUGCCUUCUAGGGCCCCUUGUGGCCUCCAUGGUUUAGGUUUCCACUGAAUCGCCCUGGCUUUUGGGGAAGGUGGUGGUGGCAGCAGGAUGAGGUGGAGGGCGUCUGAACACAGGGGGAGGGCUAGCUCAGUGGUUUGAGCAUUGGCCUGCUAAACCCAGGGUUGUGAGUUCAAUCCUUGAGGGGGCCAUUUAGGGAUCUGGGGCAAAAAUUGGGGACUGGUCCUGCUUUGAGCAGGGGGUUGGACUAGAUGACCUUCUGAGGUCCCUUCCAACCUGGUAUUCUAUGAUUAACCGUGAUCAGGGGACAGUUGGAGCAGGGAUAGGCAGUGGAGAAUCCAGCCAAGCCCCCGAUGGUCUAUGCAAGCUGCACGGGGAGUACGGGCAUUAUGGAUCCUGGGCCAGAUUGAGACCUGGCAUGAGCGGAUGCAGCCCCGCUGUGGCCCAAUGCCUGUCGAGUGUGGCUGGGCUCUCUGGCCAGAGCUGAUCUAGGGGGCUUAGUAAGGGCUCUAGCACUUGAGUGACAUUAUGGACAAGGGAAUCCAGAAAGGGAAUUAUGGGGGUGACAUGGUCUGCAAAGGAGUGGAGGAAGCCCAGCAGCAUCUGGGUGGGAGAACUGGGCUUUGGAGGAGGUGCUUUGGGGCACCAGGACGCAGAAUCCUCAGUUUACAGGUAGCUUUUACCUGUCACCAGCAAUAGGAAACAAGCUGCCCACUCCCAUGCACUGCACCCUCUGCAGUGCUCAUCAUCCCACCUGUCUGAUAUCACACACACACACCAUCCCGGUUCCAGACACAACUCCGCACAUUCCAGAGUCUACAGGCAUUGCACGCUGGAUCAGCCCCAAGGUCUGUCCCGACGAGUAUCCCGUCUCCAGCAGUGGCCAGUACCAGACGCUUCAGAGGAAGGUGUGGGAUAAUCUACCCCUCUUUGGAAAUCUCCUGACUCCGGAUGGAGGUUGGCUGGUGGAGGUUCUCUUCUCAAAUUCUGCUUUAAGUAUUUAUUAUUACAACCCUGCAUCUUGUUGUUGUUCAUAUCAAUGUCCAACGCCCUUUUGAAUUAUAGCCUUUCCCCGUUAACGCGGCAUUUCAAGGAUACAGUAGCUGUCCUUCGUGACCAAGGACAUGUCUCUCCGCUCUAGGAAUCAGGGUAAUACCUGUUCAGGCCACUGGGAGAAGGGGAGUUUUGAGAAUUUGAUUUGUAACCUUGACCUCUUGGUUUAGGAUUUUUCUAUAAAGCUGCUGCCUUCAGCCCCCCAGUGUUGGGGCUGAGCUGCUACGCUGGUAUGCUGCACUAGCAUGGCUUUGAAGCUGCUAUCCAAGGCUUCAGAGUCUAAUUUCCUUUGAAAAGUAAGUCUUCAGCUGCUGCAGUUGGGGGAAAACCUCACCAAGGUGAGAUUAGGGUAACUGAAUCUGCAAAGAGUCUGGAACACUAGCGCUGAGGGGUGAAUUGCUCUGCUCAGCUGGGAGGGGCUGUUAACUCGGGUGUCAGGUGAGGAUAAUUUAAAUGUCACCAUUGUUAACUAUUCCAGUCCCCGUAUAGGGAAGGAGGUGGAGGGGCAAAGCUCUGCAGAAUGCACUGGGGGUGAAUUGUGGUGCAUUGGGGAGAGUCUGUCACUUAUUGUUCUUCCCCAGUCCAGAAUGAGCUGAGCCCAGCAGAGCCUCUUGGCACGUACAAGCCGGAGGAGCCCAGUUGAAAUGUUAAGUGUUUGCACAAUCUGCUGUGCAUGCUGUCUCCUUCUGGCCACUCACGUGGGAGCAGCUUAUUUUUUGGGUGCAGCCAGCCCAAGUGCUCCUGACUCAGUUCUGAAGGACAAUGGAGCGAUGGGGGAGGGGAUGGCUUUAGUUUUGCAGAGCUGAACUUGUUUCCUCCUGCCCCGGGGUCCUGAUUGGGUGCGGCUGACCCCAUGAAAUACACAUUAUGCAAUGAAAACAGUUACACCCUGGCUGGGUGCACAAUCCUCCUCCUCUCUCAGCUGAACCCCCCACCCCCAAUGCCCCUCUCCUCCCCAUUUAAAAAAAAAAGCCUUUAAGGCAGGGACAAGUCUAGCGCUCUACUCCAGGAUCCAUCAAGGAGAUCUGUACCAGCUAUGGUUGCCCCAGGGCAGAUCUGUUCCUGUGCCAGCCUUGGCUACAGUCUUGGGGGCACUGACCUCUCUGCCUCCAGUUUGGCUGGAGUGGGGGCAGCUGGACUAUUUUGCUGCUGUGCAGUUCAAAGCUUUUGUUAUACACUGACCCUUCUCUGGACACUCACCUAAUUCCCCCCUACCUGGCACCUGGUGGUGUCAUUUGCACUUGUGCAAAGCAGGUGUGCGAUGCCACUGAAUCAGAAUUCUCCACUCAAAACAGCAGUUGCAUUUGCUGUGCCAUGGAUCAGGUGUAAAUUACAAGACCAGGUGCCCAGCAGUGGGGAGUCAGGCCCACUGCCUGCUUAUAGAGGAUGAAACCUUUCUGAACGAGCACCUGCUCUGCUCUUCCCUUACGGAGGGUGUGUUUCCAAGGGGAACGCUCUGUACCACGAACAAUAAAACUGUACGAUUCCCAAUGA